AUGACUUCCGACAACAAUGCCUCUGUCUCACAGCCUGCGCAAACCACAUGGGACUCAAUGCCAAAGCGCAAACCUGUCCCUGGUGCCACCAAUGCAGCGAUCGACUCUGAGGAAUCAGCCUCUGGCCAAACCAGCGUGACGAGUGACAAGAUCGCGUCGCCUGAGAAGAGGAAUACUUGGCUUCCUGCUGGUGGUCUUACCCUUUGGUUCGCAUCGCAGAAGCGAUCGCGCAAAAUCCUCAUCGUCGGCAUCGGAGCGGGGAUCAUACUGCUCGCACUGAUCAUUGGUCUUGCCGUGGGCUUGACCGUGGGUAAAAAACAUUCGAAUCUUCCACUUCCAACUGCCAACGGCGGUCCCUAUGAGGGUGACCUAACCUACUACAACCCAGCCCUCGGGUCCUGUGGCUACACCAAUACAGACUCCGACAUGAUUUGUGCAGUAUCGCAUAUCCUGUACGAUGCAGCCUCCACAGGCUCAAACCCCAAUGCAAACCCGUUAUGUGGCCUGAAAAUAAGACUCCGCCGCAAUGGAGAAAGUGUGGACGUGAAGAUUGUCGAUCGCUGUGUUGGCUGUGCAGCGACUGAUCUAGAUGUCACGGAAGCAGUCUUCAAAAAAGUAGCCGACAUAGACCAGGGUCGGGUCUCUGUCGAGUGGUCCUGGCUGGAGACGCCGCCUGUCUCUGUCUCUUGA